CCGCCCCUGCCGCUCAUUCCUGUCCGGACGCACCUGCAGCUCCCCGGGGAGAAGAGGACGCCCCCCCUCCGCUCCCCCACACAGGUUUGCGCCCCAAAGGACCCGUGCCCCAAGCCCCCGCGCCGCCCCUAGGCCCGCCCGGAGCAUGCUGCCUGCAGCCAUGAAGGGCCUCGGUCUGGCGCUGCUGGCCGUCCUGCUGUGCUCCGCGCCCGCUCAUGGCCUGUGGUGCCAGGACUGCACCCUGACCACCAACUCCAGCCAUUGCACCCCAAAGCAGUGCCAGCCGUCCGACACGGUGUGUGCCAGUGUCCGAAUCACUGAUCCCAGCAGCAGCAGGAAGGAUCACUCGGUGAACAAGAUGUGUGCCUCCUCCUGCGACUUCGUUAAGCGACACUUUUUCUCAGACUAUCUGAUGGGGUUUAUUAACUCUGGAAUCUUAAAAGUCGACGUGGACUGCUGCGAGAAGGAUUUGUGCAAUGGGGUGGCCGGGGCAGGGCAUAGCCCCUGGGCCCUGGCCGGGGGGCUCCUGCUCAGCCUGGGGCCCGCCCUCCUCUGGGCUGGGCCCUGAGGUCUCCUCCUUCCCACGGGGCUUCUGAGCUUGCUCCCCUGAGCCUGUGGCUGCCCCCUCCCCAGCCUGGCAUGGCUGGGGCUGGGGGCAGCCUUGGCCCAGCUCCGUGGCUGUGGCCUGUGGCUCUCAUUCCUCCCCCAACAUGAAGCCUCCCUGUCUCUCUGCCAGCUCUGAGUCCCGGGCAGCUGGACAUCUCCAGGAAACCAGGCCAUCUGGGCGGGAGGCCUGGGGAUGAGGGUGGGGGGACCCCCAGGUCCCAGAGGGGAAGUGAAGCAACAGCCCAGCUGGAAGGGCGUCUUCUACAGAGAAAUAAAGUCACUUUUGAGUCCUGAGA